UGUGUAGAGGGGAGGGGUGCGCAUGCGCGCUGCGUGGCGGGGCUGAAUGUUUCCCAAGUGUUUGAAACUGGUAUUUGGGUUUUCCACGUUGGAUCAAGUGCGGCGUAUAGCUAGAAGGGAGGCUGCAUUAAUAUAACCGGGGACUGGAGCAGCGGCGGCGAGAAGAGCGUGGAAGGAGAGAGGAUAGGAGCGGCACACGGGCGCCCAGAGGAGUUGAUGCUUCUGUCAGACACUUUGCACAACAGAUUUUGUUUCCAGACUGUUUCGGAGGAUCUGGUUUGAGCCCCCCUUCUUCCCCCUUCGCACACACAAAUCCCUCUGAUUGUUCCUACCACCUCCUUCGUGAGUUACCCACAACGACAGCCAUUCAAUCAGCUGCUGCUGGCGGUGGGGACUAGCGGAGGGUGCGUGUGUGUGUCUCUCUCUCGGCGUUCACAAGAGAAGAGUCAGAUGUAGCUUCUCUCGGUUUUGGGGCGCUCCAGAGAGAGGUGGGCAGGGAGCGAGCGGGGCAGAUUGGGGCUGUCGUUUUUGGAGCGAGCAGCCCUCGCUCUCGCACGGAGACGGGGAGGAAGACUGUCUUACCGGAUGAAAAUGUUGAGUCCUGCAAACGGAGAGCAGCUUCACCUCGUGAACUAUGUGGAGGAUUAUCUGGACUCCAUCGAGUCUCUGCCCUUCGAUCUGCAGAGAAAUGUCUCCCUGAUGAGGGAAAUUGACGCCAAAUAUCAAGAGAUCUUAAAGGAGCUGGAUGAUUAUUAUGAAAAGUUCAAACGAGAGACUGAUGCCGUGCAGAAGAGAAGACUGUUGCAUUGCAUACAGAGAGCACUAAUCCGGAGUCAGGAACUGGGAGAUGAAAAGAUCCAAAUUGUCAGUCAGAUGGUGGAGCUUGUUGAGAAUAGAACCAGGCAAGUGGACAGUCAUGUGGAACUAUUUGAGACCUGUCAAGAGACUAAUGAGACCACUGGAAACAGUGGCAAAGCCAGCCAAGAUAAGUCAAAGAAUGAGACAAUCACUCAGGCUGAAAAGCCCAACAAUAAGAGGUCUAGGAGGCAAAGAAAUAAUGAAAAUCGAGAAAACGCUUCUAAUAAUCAUGAUCAUGAUGACAUCACCUCAGGAACGCCAAAGGAGAAGAAAGCAAAAACAUCCAAGAAAAAGAAGAGGUCUAAGGCUAAAGCAGAGAGAGAGGCUUCCCCUGCGGAUCUUCCUAUUGAUCCCAAUGAGCCAACAUACUGUUUGUGUAACCAAGUCUCCUAUGGAGAAAUGAUAGGAUGUGAUAAUGAUGAGUGCCCAAUUGAGUGGUUUCAUUUUUCAUGUGUGGGACUCAAUCAUAAACCAAAGGGCAAAUGGUACUGCCCUAAAUGUAGAGGAGAAAAUGAGAAAACUAUGGACAAGGCACUGGAGAAAUCUAAAAAAGAAAGGGCCUACAACAGGUAGUUUGUAGACUCUUGAUUGCGAAGAAAAAUAAAAAACCAACCAACCAAUGUAUUUAUUGUCAGUGUCACCUUCGUUGAGGUGCAAGGAUUGUAAAAUGUAUAUUUUUAACGGAGGUUAGAAACAAAACCAUUCCUGUUAUAGGGACGGCAAUAAGAGCAAUUUUGUUUUUUCCAUUUGAUACAGCUGUAAAAAGAAAGUGGUCUGGCGACCAACAUUAAUAAACAUGUAAUAAGCAUUUAAAUUUAGUGUUCGGAUGGAGCUAAAGACAAUAUGAUAUUUCUUUUUUGUGCUGGUAGCACUAUACCCAUUAACAUUUAGAUAACAAAUAUUUCUUAAAUGUAAUUUCAUUUUUCUUUAUAGAGGAAUGUUAUUUACCUUUGCAGCAAACUGUCAAAUAUUUAGCCAUCCGGUUGUAUUUGAAUAAAACAACAGUACAUUAUAAAUUUAAUUUUUUUCACUGAUGACCAAUGCAAGAUCAGACAAGAAGGUAAAAUAUGACUUCUGCUACAGUGUGUGUCAGUAUAACAGUUCAAUAACAAAUGUUUAAAUAGCGUUAGAAGAUUAUUUUUUAAAAAAGUAAAUGGUUAAAUUUUACAUGACAAAUAUUUUAUAUACUGGCCGAGUACCACAAGGGCCAUUUUAAAAUGAUUGAGUACAUUUUAUAUUUAACCAGGAAGUGGUUUAGUAAUGAAACUUACCAUAAAUCAAGCUUUAUACUGUCACAGAUAAUAGUGUAGCAAUCUUUAAUUUGUAUAAGGUGUACAAAUGUAAAUUUUUAAGUGGAGUUGCACUUACUGUAUUAUAAUUGGAAAUGCAGCCAAAUGCCAUUGUGUAUCCAAUGUGCAUUUCCUUCUGUAUGUAUGAAAAUUGUACAGCUGUGAUAUUAAGAAAUAAAUGAAAAAAACUA